CUUUGUUGCGGGGGUGGGUGGGGGGGUGAGUGCGCGCCCUCGCGGAUGCUGUCGAGGCAUCCGCGCGCGGAGCUUCGGCCGCCUGCCAGCCAGCAUCGCUCUCCCAACCGGGCUCACACGCUCGUCUGUGGCCGCCCGCGGUCAACGCUCGCUCCAGCCGUCCGCUUUGUUGACUGCUCACACGUGGAUCUCAUUUAGGACGGGAGGGGCGCGGGGUGGGGUGGGUGGGUAGGUUUUUGAAGAAGACGAGGCAAAGGUUCCUUCUGUGACAUGUGGAGGUCGCGUGUCCGUUUUGGAGACAUCCUUCCCGACAUGCGCGAAGGGGCCCCGACAUGCAGCUCCACGUCUGCUUGUUGCUCGUCGUCGUCGCCGCCGCAGCAGUCCGGGAAGAGCCGCGGAAUUCCUCAGAGGAGGACGCCACCACUAUCCUGCAUUCCGACAGAGACUUCCCCAGUCCAUCUCAGGCCGGGUCCGACUACACAAGCACGCAAGAACCCUACGGAGGAUCUCGAUCGGGGUCCGGUCCCGCCACGCCCGUGAGUGCGUCUGGGAGUCCCGAUAGCGAAGCGCUGCGGCUUCCUGGGGAAGUUGGGAACAAUGGAGCGGAAACAUCUGCCACCCGCCUUCCGGAGACGCCGAGGCCGAGCCGAAACGCUCAAACAAAUCCGGGACUGCCAGAAGGGACGCGUGGGCCUCACACCUCUGGGCGGUUCACUUUUCCACCUGUGACAUCAUCGCUGACCUUAUGGACCCUGCUAGCGACCCCUGCUGGUACCGCGGCGGCAGUUUAUCUCAAGAAUCUUCGCCGAGGGAAGGAAGUCACUUCAGACCCCGUUUGGAGUGCGGCGUGGUCCCAAACGGAUUUGUCAAAAAGUACACAGAGAACCUUGCGCCUGCCAGAUGCCGCCGAGGGGACGUCGGGGAUCCCAGGUUCUACUGGGACCACCGGGGAUGCCCCCAUCGUGUCCGGAACGAUCCGGAACUCGUCAAAGUUGGAGGACGGGACGGAAAUGCCCCGGCCCGCAUCCCCCACGAGCACAAAGACAAAGUCCGGCAGAGUGGUGACUUUUGGUGACUCCGAGGAUGGGAUGGAAACACCCAGUGGCGCAACCCUCGUGGGGGUCCUUACGUUGGGGCUCUUCCGUGCAGGAACGACGGCACCCAAUCCCUUGCCCAACGUGCGCACCGUGUUGGUGGUCGGACGGGUUCCCGAUUCUGAGGGCCAAAGGGGAACGCCCCGAUACGCGACCCAGGUAGGGGUCUUGAACUUCACUGAGGAAGGGGCGGGAGCGCCUGGGCAGCCCACCCGCGCAAGAACCACUUUGUCAUCCGGAGGGGUCCGGAACAUCCAAGGCUCCGAGGACGGGUCAGAAACUCCUGGACACCCGUCCCACGUGAGCGCCGUGACGGCGUCCGAAGGGUUCCUGAGCUUCGGGGGCCUCGAGGAUCGGACGGGAACACCUGGACGCUCGCUACACACGUCCACCGGGACCGCGUCUGAAGGGUUCCUCGGCUCGGGAGCCUCCCGGGCUCAUACAGACCGAGCGGGACACUCGCCUCAGCCGAAGGUCCUGAGCACCGGGGGCCCCGAGGACGGAACUGGAACGCCUGGAGGUUCGCUCCUCCCGAGCACCGUGUUGGCGUCGGGUUCUGAGGAUGUUACGGAAACGCCGCGCAACACGCCUCAAGUGGAGCUUGUCAACUCCGGAAACGGGACGGCAUGGCCGGAAGACGCGCCUCCCGCGAGCACCAUUCGGGCAUCCGGAGGAGUUCAGAAGUCGUCAGCCGCAGAGGCAGCAACACUCGGACCCACGUCCCAGGUGGCGGUCUCCAGCCGAGGGGGGUCCCGGGAUGGGACGGCAACGUCCGGACGCUCUCCCCCUGCGACAACCGUGACGGCAUCUGGAAGCGUCUCCGGUUUAGCGAGCUCUCACGACACGGGCGGCGCCCUCGACACUACGCCUGCGCCAGCAACCCUUCGGAACCCCGCCGUGUCUCCACCCAUCCCGGAUGUUCUGACCCGGGCCUUGACUCCCGAUACCGCGCCCCGCAUCACGCAACAAAUGCUGACGACUGAGCUACAAGGCACUCGGGGCGGCAACGCCGCGACCGCCCAGCGGCUGGUCCCGGAAGCCCGACCCGCUUCCACCCCUUCGAGUUUUGCCACGACCCGGGAACCGAAAGUUUACGUGGUGCCGGACCAGCCCGCCACCAUCCGAGUGGAGUCCAUCGAGCUGCUGCUGCAGAUCGUCGCGGACGACUCCGGCUCCACUUCCGGUCCCGACCUGGAGGAGGACACCGGCGCCUGGGUGGAGCCUUACCUGCGGAGGGCGCCGGGCUUCAGCCGAAUCGUGGCCGUGUGGGCCAGCGGUCGAGCCGUGCAGAUGCUGCUGGAGUUUCACAGCCGGGGCGCUCUGCGGUGGCUGUCCGCCUCGGGAGCCUCCGCGCUGCUGCGCCAGACGGGACUUGACCUGGUCGCGCCCCAGGGGCGGAGCUUCAGAGGCUCCAAGGUGCUCAAUGUCACACUGGGAGGUGAGAACAUCAUCUUCUCCAACUGUGGCUGGAUGGACAAACAAUGCUGGAAACGUCUGUGUGUGUGUGUGAGAGACGCAGGGGUGCAGGAGGACAUUUGCGAUUGGUUGCUCGGGUGUCCAGCGGGCUUCCGUUGCAUUACUGGGCCCAGCAACAACUACAGCUGCUCCUCCGUUUGCCAUUUUGACUUCUGCCACCAUCAUGGCGUCUGCACACACCACACGAGAAAACUUCCCGUUUGUCGGUGCCUGGUGGGCGAGGACUUCUGGUUCAUGGGUUCACGCUGUGACGUCCGGAUGACGCGCACUCGCCUGGUGUGCACCUGCGCGUCCGUCCUCGUGUUGGCCGUGGCCGUGAUCGGCGCGCUGGCCCUGGUCGCCGUCCGACGCUACCGAGCCGCUCUGAUCCGGGCCAAAGUGGACCAGACGCGGAGCAGCUACAGGCGCUUCAACCAUUUCGACGAGCUGUCGUCUCGCUUCUGGCCGCGCUCGGCGUCGGCAGCUUCCGCUGACUCGAUGGACAAUCCGGCAUUCACGCGCUCUGACGAGCUGCUGCACAUGCGAGCUCUGGACCGGCCCUGCUGCUACCACGAUGACACCUUGUCGCUCGCCUCCGCCUCCGCCUCCGCCUCCGCCUCCUCUGGCUGCACCGGCCGCGCCGCGCGCCUCAACACCAUCUACCCCGACAGCUCUCAGUACGGUUGGUGCGGCAGCGAGCUGAGCAUGGGCGACGGCGUGCUGGACUCGGGCAAGGCCAGCGACUUGUCGGUGUGCAGCUGGCCGGUGGAGCCCAUCCACUGGACGCCCUUCCCGCUGCUGCGGCGGCUGGCCGCCCCCCGGCACCCCAACGCCGCUCGGACGUCCAGGCCGCGCUCGUACUGCGACGGCAUGGAGCUGGUGGACAUGAACCGCAGCUGGACCGCGUGACUCGGAUGCUCUUCGGCCAUCAAACGCUCUCGGUGUGCGUGUGUGUGUGUGU